AUUUUGUGAAAUCUCCCCUUCCCGCUGUUAAGAUUUGUUACGGCCCAAAGGUGGCAUCAUCAGGCACAAAGCCUUGCCCCUUUUGAAUACCCUAGGCAAGGAAGACAGUGAGAAAAAAACCUGGGGACAACGUUUUUGUCAGACACGAGAAAUCCUUGGUCCCCGCAUGACUGACAAUUUGCGCCUGCUGCGCACCACAACAAUAAUAAAACUCCGCUGAUCCCGUCAUUCGUUCCUUGUUGUUGUCACAGUCUUUCGUUCUACCUAUUCGGUGGGCUUCCCUGCUUCUUUCUUUCCUUUACUUUGUUUUCUUGGUGUGAUUUGCCGUGCUUUCAAUUUUUUUUUAUUUUUCCAGCUUGUCUUGUUUCAUAGCCAGAGCUGAGUCUCUUGGUUUUGGUUGCCAGCAACCGGCAUCCAGACCCUCCCUACCCCCUCACGGCCCCAGAGUGAUUGCUUUUGAGAGUGGGAAAUCGAAGACGGAAGAGAUGCGACACAGCUGCAGAACGAUGCGACGACUUUGAAGAUCGACAAGCUGCUUCUCUCGGCAACACCCUCCACGACCUUUUGGCCCGACCAGAUAACACCGCGCAAACAAGACGCUUGCAGCCCCGAAAUACACGAUAGCAGUCUACUCCACGUCAAGCCAAGGCCUCUUCCUACAUCGACGCGCUACCCACCUAAAACACUUCCCGCAAUAUGCCCUCACUCGAGGCAAAGAUUGUGGUGGUCGGCAGCCAAGGUGUGGGCAAGACGUCGCUGCUGAUGCGCUACGUCAAAGGCUCGUUCAAUCCAUCACAGGUCACCUCCACGGUCGGCGCCAGCUUCCUGGCCAAGAGAGUUGUGGCCGACGAUGACACGGUUGUGAGGUUGCAGAUUUGGGACACAGCCGGCCAGGAACGCUUCCGAUCCAUAUCGAAACUGUACUACCGAGGCGCCAACGCCUGCAUACUGUGCUACAGCAUAACAGACGCCAACUCUUUUGCCGAGAUGGGCAUGUGGCUGCGCGAGCUGCGGCGCAACCUGCCCGCAGAUAUCGUGCUGCACGUUGUGGGCACCAAGGCCGACAUAGUCGCCCGUGAUCCCUCCAGGCGGGAGGUACCCUUCGAGCGCUGCAUAGCAUACGUCGCCGAGCAUCUGGCUCCAGGUCAGACCAGCACACCUCCGCCAACUGCAACGCCGCUUCUUCCGACUCCCAUGUCAAACGGCACCAGCACGCCCGCAGGGAUGGCAGUACACUCGACGUCUCCCCCUUUCAUUCACGGCGGCGAGCCCCGCAGCCCAAGCUCGAAGCGCAGCAGCGGCUUCUGGGGUAUGGAGGUUGGUUGGGACGCAUGCCACGAGAUCUCAGCCGAGAGCGGCGAGGGCGUCGAGGAAGUCUUUCGCGUGGUGACGCGCAAGCUGGUCGAGCAGAACCGCAAGAUGCAGCAGGCCCUGCUGGCAGCGACCGCGACCCCCGGAAUGACCCCGGCGGGUGACGGGCUGAUGAGCGCCGGCUACUAUGACGGAAGCGCUGAUCAUUACGGCGCCGGCGGUCCGAUGUCAGGCGGCGGUCCCGGAGGAUCCGCUGUCGCCGGUUACUUUGACGGGAUGAACCCGAGAGGCAGUUUCCGCGUCGGCCGUGACAGGCGGUCGUGGCUUUUCUCUCCCGCCAUACAAAUCGAACAGGGAGGGGCAACACAGGGCGGCGAACAAGGUGCAGAAGAACUCGAUGGCACGAGGCGGAGCAGGUGCUGCUGAUAUUUGCCCCCUCCCGUACGCCCCCACGAAUUUUGUCACUACAUGUUCUCAUACUUUUGUUCUCAUUCUUAUUUUUGUUUCUUUCUUAUUUUUUUUUAUCAUGCCAGGGGCGUCUUUACUGCACUUUCAUCUGCAUUUCACUCUCAUUGGGCCGGCGGUUUCUGUGCUUUUAGUUUGAGUUGAUGUACUUUUCAUUACUCUUUGGUUUUGUUGAUUUUAUUUCUCUAUACCCCAAAGCAUUGAUUGCAUGUAUGGGCUUGGUCAGGGUACACCCUCGUCUCUCCCACCUCUGUUGUUUAUCUCUUUAUCAUCCAUCUAAAUGAAGCAUUGACAUAAUAGUAUAAUGCGGCGGUGAAGCUCUUUCUCUUUUUUUUUUUGUUGUUACUGUUUCAUAGUUUUGCUACAAUGAAAAUCAAGAUGCGACCUUGAUAAUACUUUACCGGCUUCAACACUGCUCUGCUCCGACUUUGACAUGUACUUUGAAGGCGAGGGGUUGAUCGGGUGAAGUUUCUUUACG